UCCAAAGUUCACCUCUACUCACACACACACCUCUACACACACCUGCAGGUGAGCACACCUUUACCCUCAGAUCAGCAGAGAUGGAACAGGCGGUGAAGACGGUGGACGGCUUGGAGCUUUCUCCUGACAGACAGAGAGAAAAACAGAUAGUAUGAAGUGAAGAAAAUGAAGAUCUGGACCAUGAUCUUCACCGGAUUACUGGAGUGAGCUUCUGCUGCUACUGCUGUGGAUUAUUAUUAAUAUUAAUAAUAUUAUUAUUAAUAUUAUAAUCUGUAUAACUGGAUUUACUCUCCGGUGUGGAUAUGUGGCCCUUGAAAACGGCAUUCCUGUUCCUUUUCUGCCCAGGUUUUUGGUGCCACGACUGCAAUAAAACGAAGCUUCAUUUCGUAUCUAAGAAUUUUUUCAGGGAGCUUUACUGGGAUGAAGUGCACAUCCCUGGUCAGGAGGUUCUGUACACUGUUCAGUAUAAGCCAUAUGGCGAGUCUGUGUGGAGUGAGAUUAUGGGAUGUCAGAAUAUCUCGGAGUUGUUCUGUGAUCUGAGCUCUGUGAUGAGGGAUGUUUAUGGGAGAUAUUUCGUCAGAGUGAUGGUGAACGGCUCGUGCAUGGGGAAAUACAUGAACUACAUUCCUGUGGAGCAGACCGUGCUCGGAGCUCCGGAGGUUUCGCUAACUGUGUCUGACUCCUCCCUCACUGUGAUCAUCACCACACCCCCAGCUCCCCACAACCAAUCCAUCACAGAGAUCAGCCGAAACUGGUCCGGCAAACCCCACAUUAACUACGAGCUCCAGCUCACUAACUCCGCCUCCGGAGCCAAACAGAAAAUUCAGAACAGCUCUGGCGUAAUUACGGUCAUCAGUCUGGAGUUAAACACUGAGUACUGCGGAACGGCGUUCUACAUGUGGACUCAUCCCUCUUCCCCCAAACAGAGCGAGAAUACCACCUUCUGCACCACUUUACCAGGUAAAUCCUGGAUGCACAUUUUAGUGGUGCCUGGUGUAUUGGCUCUGUUCCUGCUGAUCAUCUUGGCCUUGGCCCUGUGCCAGCUGUACGUUAUGAGGAAGCAGCGUUUGCCUGAUAUGCUGAAAAAAAUGAAUCCCAAGAGGGACACGCCUCCAUAUUACACUGAUCUGAAGGUGAAGAUAGACGUUGUGAGGAUAUACUCAGAAUCUCCGUGGAACUUUGCUAAGCCUCAUCCUGGAGUAUUCCCGGUUGUGGAACGGCCAUUGGUUAAAAGCAAUGGCAGCAGCUAUGCAGCCCAGGAUUGUGGUGGACUUCCAUGGGAAGGUAAUUCUUAUGCCAACCAGCAUGUGGCGCUGGUGGAAAACUCAGACUCAAGCAAUGCGUCCUCUACCAGCUACGGUUUGGUGGUACCAGAGGAUGUGGAGGAGUCGCCGAAUUCUCCUAACAGUAGCGGGUUGGGAGAUUCCAUUGGUAGCGACGGUUUGGUGCCGAUGACGUUAUGCUCUGGAGGUUGUGGUGAGCCAGUGCAGGACUUGAACCGAUGCUCCGAGCUGGAUAAGGCUUUAGUGCUGCCAGUGUUGCGUGGUGAAGGUGGAAAACUGGAAUUCUCGCUAAUUGGAACAUCAUCGCUUCUAGCUAACAUCCCAGAAGUCCAACAAAUGGCACCAGUUGGAGAACGGACUCUUCUGCUGACCGAUCUCGUCACCGAGGAUGAGAUGGAAUCAUCGGACAGUGGAUUCGCUUCCGAUUACGGAAGAACCUACAUCCCAAACUACGUGCAGCAGAACUUUACAGAGAUGCCCUGCACCCACGCUAAUCCGUUAGCAUCCUCAUCUGACUUUACCUCAACCUACAGGCAAAACUGGGUGCCAGGAAUACCCCUGGAGUCCCACCUCAGUGAACAAAUGACUGAACUAGAUAAAGAAGAAGAAGAAGAAGCCGAUGACGAAGAAGAAAACGAAGAAGAUCCACUGUCUAGGUUGGGUGCCAUUGUUUUGGAUGGCUGGGUGGUUAAAAUCCAAACAUAGCAAACUUUAUUCUUCCUAACGUAUCAGCUCUAAGCUAACUGUAGGACUGUUUAGAACUUUAACAGAAUGCUAACUGCUAAAUGUUGACAGAAUGCUAAUGCUAAUGCUUCACUCACUCAAGCAAUGAAUAAAAAACAUUUAAGGGUUACUUUUGAAUAAACCCAUUCAUGUAGCUAGCUUUAACAGAAUGCUAAUGCUAAUGAUCCAUUUAUGCAAGCAUGCUAGCAUUACUAGUUAUAAAUACAUACCAUCAAGGGUUGAUUUUGAAGGCUAGCAUUAUGCUAACACAGUCGAGCUAGUUCAGUCAAGGGUUCAUUUUGAAGGCUAGCAUUAAGCUAAUAUGAUCAAGCUAGUUCAGUCAAGGGUUCGUUUUAAAUAUUAGCAUUAUGCUGGACAUUCGAUCAUGCUGGCUUAGCAUUUUUGUGUCCACUUUCAUGUAGCUAGCUUUAACAAAAUGCUAAUGCUAAUUCUUUACUCAUGCAUGCAUAUUAGCAUUGCUUGUUCUGACUGAAAACUGUCAGGGUUUGUUUUGAAGGUUAGCUUUAUUAUGAACAUCCGAUCAUGCUAGCUUAUCUCUUGACUGUCCAAACCUUUAGAAUGCUAACAUUAACAGAAUGCUAAUGCUAGCAUUGGUAAUUAUGAGUAAAAACAUCAAGGGUUCAUUUUGAAAGUUAGCGUUAUAAUGGACAUCCAACCAUGCUAGCAUAUCUUUUAUGUCCUUAUUCAUGUAGCUAGCUUUAACAGAAUGCUAAUGCUAAUUCUCCAUUCAUACAAGCAUGUUAACAUUACUAGUUUUAAAUACAAACAAACAAGGGUUAAUUUUGAAGGCUAGCAUUAUGCUAAUACAACCGUGCUAGUUCAGUCAAGGGUUCAUUAUAAAUGUUAACAUUUUGCUGGACAUCUGAUCCAGCUACUUCAGCAUUUUGUCCGCAUUCAUGGAGCUAGCUUUGACAAAAUGCUAAUGCUAAUUCUUUACUCAUGCAUGCAUAUUAGCAUUGCUAGUUAUGAAUAAAAAACAUUAACGGUUCGUUGUGAAGGUUAGCGUUAAAAUGGAAAUCAGAUUAUGCUAGCUCCACAUUUUUGUCUGCUUUCCUGUAGCUAGCUUUAAAAGAAUGUAAAUGCUAAGUCUUUAUUCAUGUAAAUAUUUUAGCAUUGCUAGUUAUGAAUAAAAAAAACACCAGCGGUUUGGUUUAAAUGUUAGCAUAAUGCUAAUCCAACCAUGCUAGUUUAUUAUUUGCGUUCACUUGCAUGAAUAUUAGCAUUGCUUGUUUUUAAUAGAAACUGUAGGUUUGUGUUGACUGUAAUAAUGCUAUUACAUUCAAAAUUAUUAGCAUAAUGCUAAUAAGAUCCUGGAGGCUUAGCAUUUUUGCCUGCAUUCAUGUAGCUAGCUUUUAAAGAAUGAAAAUGCUAAGUCUCAUGUAAAUAUAUUAGCAUUGCUAGUUAUGGAUAAAAAACAUCAAGGGUUUAUUUUGAGUUAGCAUUAUGCUGGACAUCAGAUCAUGCUAGCUUAUGAUUUAUGUCAGCAUUUAGGUAGCUAUUGUUAACAGAAUGCUAAUGCUAAUAUUUUAAUCAUGCUUGGGUAUUAGCAUUGCUAGUUCUGAAUGGAAACUGUCAGGAUUCAUGUGAAAUGUCAUGUUAAAGGUUAGCAUUAUGCUAAUAAGAUCAUGCUAGCUUAUAUUUUUUGUCCGCAUUCGUGUAGCUAGCUUUAACAGAAUGUAAAUGCUAAGUCUUUCUCAUGUAAAUAUGUUAGCAUUGCUAGUUAUGAAUAAAAAACAUCAAAUGGUUUAUUUUGAAGGUUAGCAUUAUGCUAAUAGGAUCCUGGGUCCGCAUUCAUGUAGCUAGAUUUAACUGAAUGUCUUCAUUAGGUAAGCAUGUUAGCAUUGCUAGUUAUGAAUAAAAGCCAUUAAAGGUUUAUUUUUUGUGAAGGUUAGCGUUAUGCAUCAGAUCAUGCUAGUUUAGCAUUUGUGUCCCUAUGUAUGUAGCUAGCUUUAUCAGAAUGUGAAUGCUAACUGUUUACACAUAUACAUAUGUUAGCAUUGCUAGUUAUGAAUAAAAACACCUACUGUUUGUUUUAAAAGUUAGCAUUAUUCUAAUUAGAGCAUGCUAGCUUAGCAUGUUUGUGCCUGUUCAUGUAGCUAGCUUUACCUGAAUGUAAAUGCUAAGUCUUUAUUCAGGUAAGCAUGUUAGCAUUGCUAGUUAUGAAUAAAAACCAUCAAAGCUAUAUUUUGCAGGUUAGCAUUGUUAUGAAUUAAAACCAUCAAAUGUUUAUUUUGAAGGUUAGCAUUAUGCUGGACAUCAGAUCAUGGUAGCUUAGCAUUUGUGUCAGCAUUUAGGUAGCUAUCGUUAACAGAAUGCUAAUGCUAAUGUUUUAAUCAUGCUUGGGUAUUAGCAUCGCUAGUUCUGAAUGGAAACUGUCAGGGUUCAUGUUGAAUGUUAGCAUGACGCUAAUAAGAUCUUUCGUGGUUCAGCAUUUUUGUGUAGCUAAAUUGUAAGAUAAUGUGAAUGCUAAGUCUUUUCUCAUGCAAUUAUGUUAGCAUUGCUAGUUAUGAAUUAAAACCAUCAAAGGGUUUGAAGGUCAGCAUUAGCAUUAGCUAAUUAGUAUUAGUAGUAGCAUUAGUAUUAGCUUAGCAUUUGUGUCACGUUAAUAGAAUGCUAAUGCCAAUGUUUUAAUGCUUUAAUGCUCGGGUAUUAGCAUUACUAGUUCUGAAUGGAAACUGUCAGGGUUCAUUAUGCUAAUGAGUUCCUGGAACCACAUUUAUGCAGCUAGCAUUAACAGAAUGUCUACAUUCAGGUGAGUAUGUUAGCAUUGCUAGUGAUGAAUUAAAACCAGUAAAAUUUUAGUUUUUAUUUUUUGUGAAGGUUAGCAUUAUGCUGGACAUCAGAUCAUGCUAGCUUAGCAUUUGUGUCCAUGUUUAUGUAGCAGAGGUUGAAGAAGCAUGAAUGUAAAAUACUUAAUAUGAAGAGUACGAGUCAAAAGUUCAGACACAACUCUUUUUAUCCAAAGUUUUUCUUUAUUUUGACGAUUUUUUUAACUAAAUUAAACAUGAAGAAAAUCUUUGGAUGAGAAAAUGUGUCCAAUUUUUUUCCCGUCACUCUAUAUGAAUGUCUGAAAGUGAUUUAUUAUUAUUACUAUUUUUUUGAGUACUGUGACAACAUAUUUUUACAUGAAAUAUAUGGGUAAUAUUUUGUUCAGACAGUGCUAAUGCUGCUAAAAAUGAAAAUGUGAUAAAAUGGGCCAGUUUAUAACGUUCAUAAACUGUUGCAUCCAGUGACUGUAGAGGCCAGAUCAGCUGAUCCAACAUUUCGUAAAUAUCCAGAGUGCCUGUGUUCAUAAGAAAAGUACAUAAGUUAAAGCAGGAACUAUAAGAUAAUGUGACUGACCCACUUCUGUGUUCUUUGUAUGUAAUUUACCUGGAAACUGUAUGUAAUUUGAUACACCUGGAUGUGUAUACGGUUGCACUCUUCAAAAUAAAAGUCCUUUACACUG